AUGGCUAAUACCUAUCCCCGCCACUCAAAGGCAAACGAACCCAUCAUCAUCGUCGGAGCCGGCGUCUUUGGACUCGGUUUAGCUCACGAGCUGGCUCACGUCCGUGGCUACACCAACAUCACCGUGCUUGACCGUUACCUACCUCCUGUCCCUGACGGUAGCAGCGUUGACGUCUCGCGCAUUAUUAGAACUGAAUAUGCGGAUCCGUUGUACGCCAGGCUUGCCGAAGAGGCACUGAACGGUUGGCGUCACGAGUACGCAUCUUACUACCACGAAUGCGGCUUUGUCUUGCUUACAGGCAGGGACGACACCCCAUACACCGCCAAGGUAAGAAAGGAACGACAUGGAAAACACGCAGAGAGAAAGUCUCUGGCGCAGGACUUUGACGCCGAGGAGGCUGAUAGGGCCAUAAAGCACCUGUACCCGGCGGUACAGGCAGACAUAAAGGGUCUAGCAGCCAUUCACAACCCCGAAGGCGGCUGGGCCGAUGCAGGCGCGGCUAUCCAAGCGCUGGCGCGAGCAGCAAGCCAAGCUGGCGUGUCAUUCUUUGCGGGAAAGAUGGGAACUGUUGUGGGAUUGAAGUAUGACUCUACUGGAAAGCGAGUUAUCGGUGUGAAGCUGUCGUCGGGACGGAAAAUGCCAGCCGUCCACGUUGUACUCGCAACAGGAGCGUGGACAAACACCCUGGUUUCCGGUGUCAAUCGCGCCAUAACUGCAUCCAGCCAGCCCAUCGGCUUUGUCCAACUAACCCCGGAUGAGGCGGCCACUCUGGCAUCAACUCCCGUCAUGAUGAACAUGACGACGGGUGUCUUUUGCUUCCCUCCGACCCCGGGCACCCAUUUGCUCAAGCUAGCCCGCCACGGAUUUGGAUACGCAACACGCGUUUCGGCCUCCAUUGCUUCAGACGGCGCCGGAACCGUCAAGCAGCGGACUGUGUCAUCACCCAACCCAGAGCGAGAUAACUCUCUGUCUGGAUUUCUACCCCUUGAUGCCGACGAGGCACUCCGUGAUGGUCUGCGCCAGUUCUUUCCGGCAUUUGCUAAUCGGCCGUGGCUCCGACGACGCCUCUGCUGGUACACAGAGACACCAACAAGCGACUUCGUCGUGAGCCACCAUCCCCAUGUCGAUGGGCUAUUCUUUGCCACGGGUGGCUCGGGCCAGUAA